CUAUUUCUUUUGCUUUAAUUAUUAAUCUUUGGCUCAUCUUCACACUAAUUGUAGUGUCUACUCCCUGCCCUGAUAAUAUGCGGGAUUCUAGAGUGAAAACAGACGGAGACCAGGUUGAGAAACCGAGUGAUAACGGUGUAAAUCGAGACAUCGAGCAGCAGCAAUCUGAGGGAGUUGAAGAUGCACAAAACCCUUCGAUAUUCAAGUCUCUCGGAAUUCUACAUCGAUUCCUAGCCGUCUGGAUCUUUCUCGCCAUGUUGAUUGGCAUUCUGCUCGGAAACUUCGUCCCCAACGCUGGGCCAGCGCUUCAACAGGGCAAGUUUGCUGGCGUCUCUGUGCCGAUAGCCGUUGGUCUAUUGGUGAUGAUGUACCCCAUCUUGUGCAAGGUUCAGUACGAGAAACUACAUACCAUCUUCCGUACAAGAGAGGUUUGGAUCCAGCUCGGCUUUAGCAUCAUCCUCAACUGGAUCGUUGCACCGCUCUUCAUGCUUGCCUUAUCAUGGGCUUUCCUACCGGACAAGCAGGGUCUUAGAAACGGGUUGAUUCUUGUUGGAGUCGCGAGGUGUAUCGCCAUGGUAUUGAUUUGGACAAGCCUGGCCCGAGGAGAUGGAAAUUAUUGCGCGAUUCUCGUGGCAGUCAAUUCUUUCCUGCAAAUCGUUCUCUUCGCCCCUGUCGCCCUGCUCUUCAUCCGAGUAAUCGGCCAAGACCACAGUAUCUCGUCCAUCUCGUACUCGACAGUUGCCUCAGCAGUUGGCAUCUUUCUCGGCAUUCCCCUUGGCGCGGCCAUUCUGACGCGGCUGUCAUUGGUCUACACCAUCGGGGUCGACACGUACAACAACAAAAUCAUACCGUUCCUGGCACCCUGGUCGCUCAUCGGUCUCUUGUAUACCAUCAUCGUCCUCUUCGCCUCUCAGGGUUCCCAAGUCGUUCACCAAAUCGUCUCAGUGGUUCGGGUGGCGGCGCCGUUAGUAGUCUACUUCUCCGUCAUCUUCUCGGCGACCCUGCUCGUCGCCCGCAGACUGGGAUUCCGCUACGGUCUCGCAUGUACGCAGGCCUUCACGGCGGCCAGCAACAACUUUGAGCUGGCUAUCGCGAUAGCUGUCGCGGCUUACGGGCCUGAAUCGGAUGAGGCGCUUGCCACGACUGUCGGGCCGCUCAUCGAGGUGCCGGUGCUCCUUGGACUGGUCUACUUCGUCAAGUGGUUUGCUAAGCGGUACAACUGGGAGGAUUAAGCCGGAGCCUUCGCGAACGGCGCAAUGAGACAAAAGCACAUGUCGAUGUCAUGGGGUCCAAGAGCAUGCAGGAGCUAAGAUAGCACGAAAGUUUACGGGUGAUGCCGUGCCGAAGGAGCUGAACGGCCGAUGCUCAAUCUUUGAGGGGAAACAAGUGCCAAUCAUGAUGGCAUAAAGAAUCUGAAAGCAAUGAGAUACGAUCACUCUAGCAACUCGAUUCUGUUCUCGAG